AUGCGGCCGCAGAGAAGGCACCACAGCGGGAUGCACUGCUACAAAAUCAUCAAAAAGAUCGGCGAGGGCACGUUCUCGGAGGUGGUGAAAACCCAGAGCCUCAAAGAUGGAAAGUUCUAUGCGUGUAAAACCAUGAAGCAGUCCAUUAGCAGUGUGGAACAAGCCAACGCCCUGAGGGAGGUGCAGGCCAUGAAGAGGCUGAGUCCACACACCAACAUCAUCCAGCUGCACGAGAUCGUCUACGACAAAGAGAGUGGGACCGUGUCUCUGAUCUGUGAGCUGAUGGAGAUGAACAUCUACGAGUUCAUCCAGGGUCGAAAGAGCCCUCUGCCGGAGCACACGGUGAAGCUCUACAUGUACCAGCUGUGCAAGUCUCUGGAGCACAUGCACAGCUGUGGAAUCUUUCAUCGAGACGUGAAGCCAGAGAACAUCCUCAUCAAGAAGAACGUGCUGAAGCUGGGGGACUUUGGCUCGUGCCGCAGCGUGUACUCGGCCCCCCCUCACACAGAGUACAUCUCCACGCGCUGGUACCGGGCCCCCGAGUGCCUGCUGACCGACGGCUACUACAGCCUCAAGAUGGACAUCUGGAGCGCCGGCUGCGUCUUCUUCGAGAUCAUGAGUUUGAACCCUCUGUUUCCUGGGACAAAUGAGUUGGACCAAGUUGCCAAGAUCCACGACGUGCUGGGGACCCCCGACCAGAGCGUCCUGCACAAGUUUAAACGGUCCAGGGCCAUGCAUUUUAACUUCCCUCAGAAGAAAGGCACAGGGCUGUCCCGCCUCAUCCCAAACUGCCCCGCCCCUGCCCUGUCCCUGCUCUACCAGAUGUUGGCCUACGACCCCGACGAGCGCAUCAGUGCUGACACGGCCCUGCGCCACAUGUACUUCAGGGAGAUCCGGCUGGCGGACAGGAAAGCAGAGAGUCUUCAGCGGGUGGGGAACGUGGAUGGACUGGACAGUGCAGGGAUGGAGCACCUGUGGAGACCCAGCCGCCCGGGACGACCGCUGAGGGGCCGCCACAGCAGGCAGACCCCACUCAGUCACAACGUGAAGCAUGUAGCGGAGCCCGUCCUGCACCGGACCCUCCCUCACUACUCCUCGGAGCUGCCCAAGCUCAGCCUGGUGGUCCCACAGAUCUCCUUCCCUGGGUCCACCAUGCCCGCCUUCACCGUCACGCACCGCGGCACGCUGCCAAACAUCACCUCCAAGUGCCACACCCGCUUGGCCAAGCCCAGGGAUGAGUCUCACAGGGGGGCUUACAAGACCUACUACAUACCCCCACUGGAGCGCAAACGUGGAGCUUACUGA